AUGCCGACUCUCCUCGUUUCGAACUUCAACAUUGCCUGUGCGGUCCUGGGCGGAUUCAUCACUCUGUUCGGCCUGGUUAGCUACCUCUUCAAGGAGCGUUUCUAUCUCUCGGAAGCAUUGAUAUCACUGGUUGCCGGCAUCAUCUUUUCUCCACACGCCACGAAUUUUGUCAACCCGCUCGAAUACGCCGGUGGCUCGCCGGAAACCCUCGAGCAUAUCACACUUUACUUCUCCCGUCUUGUCUUGGGCGUUCAACUCGUCCUUGCCGGUGUCCAGCUUCCUAGUCGUUAUCUGUACACCGAAUGGAGGUCUCUGGCCCUCCUGCUGGGACCCGGCAUGACCGUCAUGUGGCUGUGUGCCAGUUUGUUGAUCUGGGCCAUGGUGCCGCACCUGGGCAUCCUGCACGCUCUGGCCUGCGGUGCCUGCGUCACUCCCACCGACCCCGUCUUGUCCAAUUCCAUCGUCAAGGGCAAGUUCGCCGACAAGAACAUCCCGAAGCCCCUGCAGAAGAUCAUCAUCGCCGAAUCGGGCGCCAACGACGGCCUCGGUUAUCCCUUCCUGUUCUUGGCCUUGUAUCUGAUCAAGUACACGCAGAUGGGAGGCGCCGGGCAGUCGGGCGGGGCGGCCAAAGCCAUGGGAUAUUGGUUCGGCGAGACCUGGGGAUACACCAUCCUACUCAGUGUCGCCUAUGGAGUGGCCGUGGGUUGGAUCGCAAAGGAGCUCCUGCACAGGGCCGAAGAAAGGAAAUUCGUUGACAGAGAGAGUUUCUUGGUGUUUGCCAUAACUCUGGCCCUCUUCAUCACCGGCACCUGUGGAAUGAUCGGCUCCGACGAUGUCCUCGCCUGUUUCGUGGCUGGGAAUGCUUUCACCUGGGAUGAUUGGUUCCGGAUCGAGACAGCCGACGACUCUCUGCAACCGACGAUCGACAUGCUGCUCAACAUAUCCAUUUUCCUCUGGUUCGGCGCCGUCUGUCCGUGGGCCACUUUUCGGACCAACGACAUCGUCCCUCUGUAUCGACUGAUCUUUCUGGGGAUUUUGAUUCUCCUUCUCCGCCGGCUACCCGUCAUUUUGGCCAUGCACAAGAACAUCCGUGAGAUUGAGGAAUUUCAUCAGGCUGCGUUUGUGGGCUUUUUCGGCCCCAUUGGCGUGUCGGCCAUCUUCUAUCUCUACCUUAGCCUGGACUUCCUUAACCAGAUCACGGUCGACGGAGAGGUCCGGGAAGAUGCCCGACAUCUGGGAGAGGUGAUGCGGGUGGUGGUCUGGUUCUUGGCAAUCUGCAGUAUUGUCGUCCACGGUCUGUCAGUGCCGCUGGGAAAAUUGGGCUAUCAUCUUCCCAGGACCAUGUCACAGGCGCUCAGCAGCGAGAGAGAGGAGGAUGAGCCUGAAUUAUCUGUACAUCAUCAUCAGCGGCGAGGGAUCCAACUACGCCGGAGAAAGAAAGUGGGCCGAAGUGACCAGGCACCGGCUGCUGGGGCUUUCGUUGUCGGUCGCCUACGUCCGCAACAUGACAGCGCACAAGGAGGUUCGGACGAACCUCACCGGCCGGUUCAGUUCAUCAACAUGCCGCCAGCGGGGGCUCAAACACCUGUUCACGAAGGACGCGAGACAGGAGGAUCUAUCGAACCAUAG